UGGUGCCGCGGGUACAGUUCGGCGGGGUCAAGWUUUACGCUGUGGCCAGAGCCCCAGAAUUUGCUUUCGGAGCCACUGCCCUUCUCGGUCCGAGAGCUGGGGGCCACGGCGGCGGGGUGAUGCGAGGCKGCGUGCCGCUGGGGCGAGCCGGGCUGGCCCUACUCCUCAUGGCCGCCGGGGCGGGAGCAAGGCCUCGGCCGGCCGCCCGCGGGGACCAGCCCCGGUCCAACGUGGUGCUGGUGGCCUGCGACUCCUUGGAUGGACGCUUGACAUUUUUUCCAGGAAAUCAGACKGUGGAUUUGCCUUCUAUAAAUUUUAUGAAAAAACAAGGCACUAUCUUUCUCAAUGCGUACACCAAUUCUCCAAUUUGUUGUCCUUCUCGUGCAGCUAUGUGGAGUGGUCUUUUCACUCAUUUAACAGAAUCUUGGAAUAACUUCAAAGGUCUAGAUCCAGAUUAUGUAACMUGGAUGGAUCUUAUGGAGAAGCAUGGCUACACUACACAGAAGUUUGGGAAAUUGGACUAUACUUCUGGACAUCAUUCAGUAAGUAACCGUGUGGAAGCUUGGACCAGAGAUGUUGACUUCCUGCUCCGACAAGAAGGAAGACCCAUGGUGAAACUUAGAGGUGAUAGGAAGCAAGUUAGAGUGAUGGAAGCAGAUUGGCGGAAUACUGAUAAAGCAGUAAAUUGGAUAAAGGAAGAAGCUGUUAACCUUACUCAACCAUUUGUUCUUUACUUGGGACUUAAUUUACCACACCCAUAUCCGUCACCCUACACAGGAGAAAAUUUUGGAUCCUCUACAUUUUUAACUUCUCCCUAUUGGCUUGAAAAGGUAAAUUAUGAAGCUAUUAAAAUUCCCAAGUGGUCUUCUCUUUCAGAGAUGCAUCCAGUAGACUAUUACUCAUCGUACACCAAGAAUUGCACGGGAGAGUUUACAAAGGAAGAAGUGAGAAAUAUUAGAGCAUUUUAUUAUGCUAUGUGUGCAGAGACAGAUGCCAUGCUCGGUGAGAUUAUUUCAGCUCUGCGAGGUACUGGGCUUCUUGGAAAAACAAUCAUCAUAUUCACUGCAGAUCAUGGAGAACUAGCUAUGGAACACCGUCAGUUCUAUAAAAUGAGCAUGUAUGAAGGAAGUUCCCAUAUUCCUCUUUUAGUUAUGGGGCCAGAUGUAAGAAAACAGCAGCAAAUACUAAGUGCAGUAUCUCUUGUGGAUAUAUAUCCUACUAUGCUUGAUAUAGCAAGAAUUCCUGUCCCACAGAACCUCAGUGGAUAUUCUCUUAUACCGCUGCUGUGUGAAAAGGCUGGGAGCGAAGUGUCACCCAGAGAACAUCGGCCUUCAUGGGUGCUGAGUGAGUUYCAUGGGUGCAAUGUGAAUUCCUCUGUGUAUAUGCUGAGAGCUGGCAAGUGGAAAUACAUCGCRUACUCGGAUGGCUCCUCGGUACUGCCCCAGCUCUUUGACCUCACUGCUGAUCCAGAUGAACUUACAAAUGUUGCCACAAAAUUCCCAGUAAUUGUACAUUCCUUGGACAAAAUACUUCUCUCUUUAGUAAACUAUCCAAAGGUUUCUUUUUCUGUUCAGGAGUAUAACAAACAACAGUUUAUCAGCUGGAAACAAAGUUUGGGUCAUAAUUACUCAAGGAUUAUUGCGAACCUUAGGUGGCAUCAAGACUGGCUAAAGGAUCAAAAAAAGUAUGAGAAUGCAAUUGAAAAGUGGCUUGCUAAGUAGAUGCAGACAACCUAGAUUUAAUAUGACUGAGGAUAUAAAAACAUUAUGCAUUUGUAAUAUUAUGCUAUAUUUCAAGUGUUUGAAUUUUUGUUUUACAUAACCUAUUGAAAGUAAAGAUUCCUGAACAAUUGCUGCAUUGUGGUGGAAAGCCAAGAGCAUUUUAUAUAACUAGCCAGCAAAACAAAACUAGAGUUUUACAUGUUAUUGUUCUGUAACACAUGUGCAUAGAAAGGGUAGUAUGUAAAUACGAAUWGUGUGUAUGGAAUAUGUAGCUGAUUUCAAAAGUACAGAGUAUUAAGCAUUAGAAUGCAAUAGGAAUUUCCAUUUAUAAGGAUAAACAAAAGCAAGGAUUAUAAAAUUUAGUGAAGUAAGCUACCAGUUACAGUGAAAUUUCCUGGGUUUAUUAAAUCCAGAUCAGAUACACAUUCACCUACUUUAGAAAGGUAUAGCCGUUAAAAUAUGAYCAAAAAGUUGGUAACAAGUACUAGUCUGAACAUAGAUAUUUAUUUAAGUACUUAACUAUGUCAGCAUUCCUAUGUUAUAUGUGAUUGACUCCCCAUGUUUUCAAGACCUGCCUGCUAACCUCCUACUUUUGAAUCUGGUUCGUACCACUCUCUGCUGUUUAAAAUUUCAUAAUAUGCAAAGGCUGCUAAUUGAAUAUGUGUACAAGUGAAGAGGAAUCUGAUCUCUUGUCAUUGUCAGAAAUUUUAAAAUUAACCAAUAAAACAAAAACCAGUUGCCAAACCUGUGAGUAGAGCAGUUCUAUGAAAAGUCAUAAAGUGAUUUGCAUAACAUAAAAUAAAAGCUGCCUGAAUAAAUCUGUUAUGCAGUUAUAUUCUGCAAGUAAAUGCUUUAAUGCACAUCAGUGAGUAGAGAGCUGAAACCUUAUAUUUGCACAGAGAAGACACAAUUGAAGCUUGCAGGAAGAGUUAACAUAGAAAUACUACUUCCCAUUUUUCCAGUGAUCUGACAAAAAAAGGUAGUUUUGGAAGAAGGUAAGAUUUAGAUAGAAACUCUUCCACUUAGGGGAAUAUGAGAUUAUAGGAGCACUUAAUUUGCUUAUAUUUGGUCACUAUCAUUGCUGCCAUAAUACAAGUUCAGAAUGACAUUAUACCUCACACUUAAAUGUGUUCUGGGAUCUGUUAUUAAAGGCUCAGUUGCAGUAGUAAGCCAGUAAAAAUAGACCUAAAAAUGAAAUGURUUCUCUGAUGGUUACCCACUCAUUUCAAAAGCAACUUAACACAAUGGAAUUAAAAAGUCUUCAAACCCUGUUGCACAUGCCAUUGUAAUUCUUAAUAAAAUAAAUGCAGGUAUGGUUGAAAUUACUUAAACAAAAUAAAUGGGAUGUAUAAUUAGAGAAGGUAUUUAUAUCUCUAYAAUUAGAGAAGGUAUAUAUAUAUUUCAUAUAUAUAUGAAAAUUUGUUCAAGAGAAAAAAGAAUAAAGAAAUUUUAUCACUUUCCAGUGGUCUGGACAGAAUGCAGUACAUUGUACAAAAUGUAAUAAAAUAAAAUUAUGGUGAGCUGUGUGUUUUGGUUUUUUUUAA